AUGAACCGUUUCAUGCGAGCUGGGGAGAAUCGAGGGCUGCUGACGGACUGCAGGGAGCUGUCACCCAACCUCACCGCCUCCUCCUCCACCUCUUCCUCCUCCUCCACCGCCUCCUCCAUCUCCAUCACCUCCUCCAGCGCUCCUGGCUCAGCCGAGAGACACGCGGCAUUGCCCUCGCUCCAGACCCGGGGACCUGUCGGCGGUGGCGGCAGCGGCGGGUCGGAGCAGAGGAGAUCCGCGCUUAAACGCAGCCGAGCCGGUCGAGAGGGACGAGAGGAACCGGAGGCUGCCGUCGCGGUGCGCGGCGGCGGCGAGGUGUGCGUCGGGUUCGGUACGCAGCAGCAGCAGCGUAGGGAGACUCAAGGACGCAGCGUCGGUGGAGAAGCUCUGGAGAUGAUCUCAGCAGUCAGCAGAGACGCGGACAGCGGAGGCGGUGACGGGAGCGGCAACAUCAACAACAACAACGGCGUCUCCGAAGUGACCACGGCCUCUCCUGCGAUAUGCGCCAAAGGCAAGGAGGAGAGGAAAGGGAAAAACAUGAUUCGGGGCUGGAAGAGGGAGAGAGACAGGGAGAGGGACGCUGCCGCUCAUCCUGCCCGGACAAGGAAGGAGAAGCCCGGCGAUGGCUCGUCUCCUCCUCCCUCUGUCUACCUCUCGUCAUCCGCCCUGCCCGAGCAUCAUCUGUGCCGCGACGGCCCCGGACACUGCCCCUGCGCUGCGCUGGACUCCAGGAUCACGGGAGAUAAUAGCAUCAUUAACAACGUAAACAAUAACAAUAAUUGCGGGAGUAACGGCGGCGGCGCUGCCAAUAAAACUGCGCUGGAUUGUGGAGUUAAAAGCGGCGGCGGCGCUAUUGUUGUCAGGCGGCAGCAUGACGACACGCCGGCGGCCAAAAAACACAGAGGAGCCGAGAAGGUGGACCCCAUGUUUAUGGUGCCAGCUCCCCCUGCUCCAGGCCCCCCCGUGGCUCCCGGAUCCUCACUGCCCUCUGCCCUUUCCUUCUCCCCUCCGGCCCUACCCAACUCCAUCCUCAAGCAGCUGGCGGUGAGGACGAGGUCUAUAGGCACCAACACGCAGGAUGGAAGCGUCUCUGGAGCACUGGAGGGCGACUCGGCCUGUCUGGGGCCCUGCCAGCCCGGGACCAGCGUCAACCUGGAGGGCAUUGUCUGGCAUGAGACUGAGGAGGGUGUGUUGGUGGUGAAUGUGACGUGGAGGAAGAGAACCUACGUGGGAACUCUGUUGGACUGCACCAAACACGACUGGGCUCCUCCAAGGUUUUGCGAGUCUCCAUCAAGUGACCCUGAAAUGCCAGGUGGGCGUGGUCGGGGGAAACGCAUGCGAUUGGCCAUGGCCGAUCGGCCCUGCGUUGAGCCAGCCCCUGCUGCCAAAGUUAGGGGUCUAUCACAGCACAGGAGCCGUGGAGGCGGUGUGUCUGGAACCACUGCACCCAUGCACAGCAAGGGCCGGAGAGGUAGCCUGAACCUCAUCAAUAGCAACUGCCGACCGCCUCCUUCUUUCUUCACUGUGGAGGAGGUGAAACCUGCCAAUAACACCUCCUCUCUUUCCUCCGGGAAGCGAAAGAACAAACCGCCAGCUGACCUGGACCUCAGCCUGGUCUCCUCUGACGACAUUAAAAAUGGGAAUGGGAAGAGGAUCCGAGCCAAAUCCCGCAGUGCCCCUUCCACGCCACAGGGCAAAUCUGACCCCUCGUUCAUGGACCCUGGAGGAGGUUGUGCCUCCUCACCACCUCCCCCACCCAUCCUCAUCGACUGUCCGCAUCCUAACUGCACUAAACGCUACAAGCACAUCAACGGCCUGCGCUACCACCAGACGCAUGCACACCUGGAGGCUGAGGAGCAGAGGAAGCCUGAGCUGGAGCCCAUGAAGGAUGGGGACAGUGAGGAACGACUAUCAGACUGUGAGGACACCAUCAACAACAUGACAUAUGACCUCUCAGAGACAAACAGCACUAAUGCCAACAGCUCCUCUAAGAAGCCUGCUCCCCUAUAUAAAGUGACAACGGUUGGGUCUCCAAAGAACAGGCGUCUACUCCUCAGUACUGACCACAGCCCCUCAGCCAACCCCAAGACCAGAAGAACCUCACUGCUGAAAGAUGGGCUGAUUGAUGACCUUAGCAAUCUGCCAAUCAUCUCCAACAUGACCGUGGUUUUGGAGAACUGCAUGGUCCCAGACAGGAACUCCAUGGUCGAGAUGCCCAAGCUGGAAGCUGAAGGCUUGAUCGACAAAAAGGGAGGUGCAUGCAAAAAGGCCAACGGGAAGGUAGAGAAGCUGUCCAAGUCACGAACCAACCGACCGAUAGCUCCUGCCCCUGCUCCCCCUAAGCUGAUCGCCAUACCCAACACAGUGUAUCCGACCAGCACAGCAGAUACUGCCACCUCACAGCAGACCUCACCUUUGGCAGCCGUAGGCCUCACCAGCAAAAACCUUCCCCUGAAGCCCAUCAAACCAAAGCUGAGCAUUGUUGUGGAACCCAGCCUUGUCAAAACCACCCUAGUUACCUGCAAAGAGACCAGGAAGAAAGAGAAACGGAGGCUGAAGGACAAACAUAACAAAGAUGCUCAAACUAGAACACCUAAUGGCGAGAGCAGUGGAAUCAAAAUGGAAGAUGGUGGUAGCGGUGGUUCGAAAUUGGGUGUCAAAGAAAUUUCCGGAAGCCUUCUGAAGGAGCACCUCAGUAAGCAGGAUGUAAUCAAUGGGCUCACGGAGAGCCAGGAGAGCAGGAUGGCAAGUAUCCGAGCUGAGGCUGACAAGGUGUACACCUUCACAGACAACGCCCCCAGUCCCUCCAUUGGUGGUUCAUCGAGGCUUGACUCCAGUGGUAGUUGCCUGGCAACAGACAGCAAGAACAACAGCCCAGCCUACUCUGACAUCUCAGAUGCCGGGGACGACGGGGGAUCUUCCGAAUGUCGUUCGGAUGGAAUCCGAUCCAAGUCUGCCUCCUCUGCAUCUUCAGAGGUGAGCUCUAACAGUAACCAUGGAAACUCUGGUAAAACCCCGCCCACAGCACCUGCCCCACCAUCAAAAGACCCCCAAUCCCCGUACUACCACAGCUACGAGCCCUACUACUUGCAGGGAUACAUGCAGUCGGACAGGCAAAACAGCAGCAGCGUUGUUUUCCACAAAAGUUCUGGCCUUGAUGGCAAAGGGAAAGACAGAAAGGAAGAAGUGAAAGAGGACGACAAAAGCCUCUCCCAUGAGUUCUCAGACUCAAAGAAAGGCGAGGGGCCGCCUCAGUCUCAGCUCCAGCUGGCUAUGAGUCAGACCCAGACCGCCUUGGCCCAGUCGCUCUACUAUGGCCAGUACUCCAGAGGACUGUACAUGGACCAGAAACUGUUGCUGGCUUCCAAGUGCUGUGACCAGACGCACAGUGCCAAGCAGAGGGGCGAGAGGGGACAGGGGGUGAGAGACAGUGAGGACGAUAAACAUAUGGUUGGGGGUUCAGCUGGUGGACCCAUGCUAGGCAAAGGUCCAGAUGGCACUAAAGGUUGCUGCCCCAAACCUGUCCUGUCCUACGUGGAGAUGAGUGAGAGGGGAGAAAGGGGACAGAGUCUGGGCGUAAAGGUUGUGCACGGUGGAAUGGUGGACCAGCACCAGGUCUCGAUGAAAGACUGUGAUGACAUCAAGUCACCUUCCUCUUCCUCUUCAUCAUCACUCCACAACCCAAACAGUCAGACAGAUCUGGACUCAAAUGUUUCCUAUUCCAGUCCCUCAGACGGCCAGGCCUGGGCUCACUGCCUCGCUCUCAGCAAAUUCUCAGAGCUACAACAUGGGGAGGAGGCCGAGGAGGGUGAAGCAGACAGGGGAAAAGAGUGGGGAGCUACCGUGGAGCCUGCCGGGGCCAAGAUGACCUCAGGAGGAGUAGUUGGAGGAGGAGAUGUAAGCGGAGAUGAUAAAAAAUCCAGGGUCCACGAUCUCCCGCCCGCCAUCGACGUGGAGGAUUCCGACAGGCUGGACGGGCUAGAUGAUCAAGGCCACGAGCCAUUAGGAGGGCUGGCGGAGGAGUCCCAGAGUGCCCGGGCAGCGGUGUCUCCUCCCAUGACUCCCCAGCAGCCCUACAUCCAGUAUCAGCACUCCUCCUACCCGCCCUACCUGGCAAUGUGUGAGAGCGGCGGGGGCUCCUAUAGAGGGGUGUCCCCAACCCUGGUCCACAAUUACCCAGGUUUCCACUACCCUCUGUACGGUAAGACGGCGGGCAGGGAGGAGUCGGAGGUGACCCCACCCGGCAGAGGAGGAGCGGUGAGCAGCAAGCAGAGCGCCGACUCGUCCACGUCUUCUGCCAUGGAGCUGCUGCAGCAGCAGAGCCACCAGUACCACGGGAAAUCACCUGCUCCCGGCGAGAAGGGCUCCCCCGAGGGAGAGAGAGAGACAGAGCGAGAGAGGAACCACGUGUCAUUCGCCCGACACCUCCACACUCACCAUCACACACACCUGGGAAUGAGCUACAACCUGAUGUCGGGACAGUACGACAUCUACCAAGGGUUGAGCUCCAGGUCGCUGGUCUCCAGUCAGCAGGUGUCAGGACACUCCUCAACUGAGAGCGAAGGGAAGAAGUAGGACCAUGUGAGAGACCAUGUCUCACAUGAGGAACGGCAGAUUUAUCAGACAUCAAUUCCAUGGUGUUUAAUAAGCUUCGCCUCGCUGAGAGGCAGAGAACUAAAAUAAAAAAUGAAAACUUUCAUUUCUUACUCAUGAAAACCACCUGUUUUAUAACACGUCAUCGAGGAGCAGACAGAGGGACAGAGAGCAGGAUCAGGAGGAACUAUCUCUACCAAUCCAGAUCACUGACUUUUGCAGGAUUUUGACAGAAGCAGGCGGCAAGUUUAAAACCUAACAACCCAGAGCGCUGUGCAUCAGCCCAGCUCAGGCUGCGGUGGUCAACUUUAUAAAAUGCACAUUUAUCGUAGUGUAUUAUGAUGAUGAUGAUAUGACUGAAUGUACUGAAGAUGACUUACUUUAUCCCAAUAGUGUUGAUCGUUUUUUUUCAAAAACUCCUGUUGGGAAACAGCAUUAUGAAGCUAAAAAGUCUAUUAUUAUCCUUAUUAUUCUCAUUCUGAUUAUUGAAGUGGUCCUCCUCCCUCCAUAGUGCUGAAGCUACAUUUGUAUUACUAACCUGUACUUGAGCGUAACCAUGUUGAUUGUAUUGUCUUUAUGUGAGAGUAAACCUUCACAUCGACCUGCCCAGUGCCAUGUAGGAACCCAGUGGUGUAUAUAUUCUGUACAGAUUCAUGGCAGAUCACUAACAUGCUUUAUUGUACUCUAUGUUGAUCUCCAUCAGCCAUGCAGGGGAGCAGCGGGCGGAGCGGGAAAAACCAGCAGGAACAGAACCAUUAUUUCUUUAUCAGUUCGUCUGCAGCAGUUUGUCCUGUACGCAUAUGUUCCACUGACGUAACUUAUAUUGCACAUACGACAUAUCCCCUUUGGUUAGAGCUAAAUGUCUGUGUGUCAUUUAGUGAAUGUUAGCCCCAGUUUAUGCCUCAAUUUUCUUUCAGUUCUCUCAUAUGACCAUCUCCACAUCUGACACGGCUAUGAUUAAGGGUUUGAUUACUAUUGGUAAAGAUCAAAUGUAAGGGUAGCUUUGGUAUUUUCAAACCUGGACCCUAUUUUCUCACAUGUUUGUGUCUAAGUGACAAAUAGGGAAAAUAAUAGUUUUAAUUGGUCCAGUAUUGAGGGAGAGCAUUGCAGGCGGCAGGAGCUCCUGGCUGAUACGCCGGGCGUGGUUUAGGUGUGUGUGGUGACAGGCGACCGUUCGUUCAAAACAAUAAUGGCGGCUCCUAAAGAGGUUAGCUUAGACGCUGCAGUAGCAUCAGUUAUAUCAGAACUGGAGAGUAUUUCUCAUUGAAAGAAGUGCAGAGAAUGGCACUGUAAGCUUUUCUGGAUAGAAAAUAUGUUUUCCCUCUUCUCUCGUCUCCGGUUUUGGUAAGAGUCUGGUUGACAGAUGGUUCUUUCAAUCACUGAACCAAUUUCAAGAAUUGUUUUCCCCAUUAGUCACUUCCAGGAUGAAAAAUACCAAAGUUACUCUUUAACUAUUUGUUUAAUGUUGAUUUGACCAUUUAGUAGCUGAUCUGGAGCUUUCAAUCGUACCACAAUGCCAUGAACUUGUAGUUGGACCACAAGGUCCAUUCAGAGAAUCAACUUUCAAUCGCACCUUGGGAAGGGAUAGGAAUUGGAAUAUUCACGAUUCCAUAUGAACUACAAACUUUAUCUGCUGAUGAAGAUGGUUUGAUACGAUUGAAAGCUCCAGAUCAGCUACUGAAUGGACUUUAUGGUGAGAUUGUGUUGUUGUACAAAUGUUAGCUGUUGGCAGUCAACAGGAAAGAAGCAGCGGCCUCCCAGUAGCAUGCUUUAUUGACACAUCCAACCCAAACAUUGUGAAGUUUUAAUGCUCUUAUUUGAGAGGUGAGUACUCUCCAAAAGUUUGCGGCCUUUGGGAGUCCUCACCCCCCAACAAACCCAAUCCAAAAAGAGCUAUGUUCAGUUUGAAACCAACAAGCAACCUUUAGUGGCUGUGAGAAUUAUGACUUUUGUCAGGGAGGAAGUAGUGUGAUGUUGAUGUAGAGUCUUUUUUUGAACCAAGUAGUUCAUAUGCUUACCCAACCCGUGAGCUUUUACAACACUAACAAAGUAGUUGUUGUGCCUAGAAGAAAAAAGAAGCUAAAUCAGAGGUACAACCUGGGACUAUGUGAAUGAAUACUAAUGAUAGAUGCCAGUGAGUGUGUGUUAUUUUAUUUUAAUAUGAAAGACACAGGUGCCAGUUAUACUUUUAGUCACAGCACAGCACAGGACAUUUCCAGUGUCUUUAUCCAUUUCUUUAUAACGACCUGUACAACAUACACUUUACUUAAAACUAAAUGGAAUUAGGUAUGUUUACUCAGGUACAAUAGUGAGUUUAUGACCAAAAAUAAGCUUCAGCAUUAUUGAAAAAAACUUAUUUUGAGCUUACAUGGUGUAUAUAAAAGUAUUUACUUGCCGUAUUUAACAGUAGUUUGAGAACAUGCUUGAUUCAUAGACGUUUGAAUUAUAGAGCAACAGCUCCAAAUUGAUGUGAACACCCAAAAUAACCAACAAAUAUCCUUUAACAGGAUAAAAGCUGAAAAACCAUUCACAAUAAUGAAACAAAUAGAAAACACUGGAAUUGCCCUUUACCUAAAAUGCCCACAUGUUUACUGUCAGUGAGGCAACUUUGUCAGGAGUCCCACAAUCCUUUGCUCCGCCCUAGCUCCCAUGUUUUUCUACAACUAGCUCACUGCAGAGCCUCUGAUGGACAGAAGUCAGAGGGUCAGAUUGAACUUUGGUGCCAAUACAUCUCUAGAACUAGCUACACAUGCGAAAAGUAACGCACUGCAUUUCAUAUAUAUCCCACAAGAUCAAUUUGUAUGUAAACCACGUAAUCAAGAACCAGGAAGUAGAAAGAGCAACAAAGUCAGCAAAGGGAGGAUGAAUGUGUCCAAAAACACAGGACAUUCACCCAGGAGACUGCCGUGAGCGCUGUCAACGUUGAUUUAAUUGUAAACGUAACUUCCGUAUUUAAGUAAAGCCACUUCUGUUGUUAUUUUAACCCAAAUGUUGACUUAUUUGUUACGUGACUUCCGUACUUGAGUAACGCCACAAUUUCCUAUGAUAUCUCCUCAUGGCGUUGAAGUAUCAACAAAGAAGUGUCAAAUUGCCUGCACACAACCAAAUGAAAUUAAAUAUUAACAGUAGUGCAAUUUAUUCAGCUAAUUAAAAAAAAUCCUGCUUAAAAAACAAACUGCUACAAAUAGGAGACACAAUAAAAAAAAAAAAGCAAAUAUAGGCUUAGUUCAUUUGUAUCAUUGUGAUGACAUGGCUUGCAUUAGGGUUAGCUAUUUGCAUUAAUGUGGCAACACAUCAAUAAUUGUUUUGGUUUAAUCAUUCUUCCCAUUCUGCCAACGUAGCUUUAUGAAGCAAUGUUCAUGUCAUGUGGGGUGGAAGUAUUUACGAGUACAAGUUGGAAAAGUCCCAAUUCCCGUGGCGCGACCUUGUCUGUCAGUGGCUCUGCAUCACUUACACAACACCUUACCUGCAUAGUAUCAGUGAUCAUUCUAUUACUUGAAUAUAGUGCUAUGAACUCUGUUUACAAAAUGCUGUCAUCUUUUGGGAGACACAUUGUUGUCUUAUAAAGGCUGCUUGGUAUAUGUUCAGUUCGUCCACCCGGUGUAUCCAGUUAAUAACACACUGAAAUCGUAUAAACAUGAAACCUGCUGUUGCUUUUUUAUACUGUAUAUGCCUUAAUUCAUAUGUUUGGCAAUCAUGAUUAAAGGAUGUUUAUAUAUAUAUUC